CUUACGGCACACACUUUGCAUCUUGCCCAGCCCGGCAACAACAUGUUGCCUCUUGUGGAGUCGAAUGUGGAUCCAAAGUUCGACGCGCUGUAUCGCGAUCUGUGUUCGAACAAACUGAAUUCCAAUGGAACUUCCAAGGUUGAUCUGAAAGUGCAGAAGGAGCGCGACACCUUCGACGAGGAAUUGCGAAGAGCCCGGACGUCAGUAGCAAAACAAGGCCUGAUAAAGUCGUACCUGCAGUCCCUCUCCUACGGCGAUGAUCAGCUACCCGCAGAGUUGCAAGAACUCGUGGCAAUAAUCGCAGCCGCUCUGCAGUCGCAGAUUACGAGAGAAGAUGCUUUGCUACUCAGGGAGGAUGUCGACAAAUUUCGACAAAACGUAAAGCCCAUCGCCAAAGAGAUCUGGAAGGCCGCUCUUGACGAUCUUGUCACUUUGGCUCGCAUCUCGGCGCCACAAGCACAUUCAGACGGGGACGACCUUGCAGCUCGCAUACAGAAGCAGAAAGCAGAUACAGCUGAAGCUGAGGACUCGAUAGCGGCAAUCCGCCUGGAUCUGGCACACGAAGUUGCGAACGUCCAUGAUCUCUAUCGCAAGGCUAUCGGAACGUGCAUUCGAACACUUGAGCAGACAAUCCAUGGCUCCGUUUCUCGUGGCACGAAAGCCAAGGCCGAAUAUCUGACUACGGUCGCCGAGGGCAUGAGCAAGAAGCUGCAACUGCAACACAACCAGCUCCUAUCACAGACAAGAUCACCAGAUCUGGAAGAGGCCCUCAAAACACGUUCCGAAGAUCUGGACCACGAAGCCGUCAUGUUGAAGAGAAAAAUCCGCGAUGCCGAGGACAAACUGGCAGAAUACCACCAAGCAAAAGCGAUCCGAGGCAUCGCAGCCGAGUACAGCGACAUCAUUCGGGAGACAGCCAAGAUCAAGGCGGACAUUGCGAGGCUUGAAGGAAGAAGAUGAGCACAGCUAGUGUUUUCGAUGCAAUGCAAAGUCAUGUUGCAGGAACGGCAAGCGAGUUGCACGCGAAUAGACUUUCCUUACAUAAGCAUGUCGACAA